AUGGCUGGAAGAGGUGGAAGGAAUGACGAUGCAAUUGCCGAGGCUUUAGAAAUGAUUGCUGGUGUGCUGGGAGGAAAUCCCAACAGAGUUGGAAUUAGUGCUAAUAGGAAACUGGGAUAUUUUCAGAGGAUCAAUCCUCCGUAUGGUACUCACAUGUUAGCUGAGGAGACUGAUGACUGGUGGAUUGCUGCCAAAACUGAACUGGAGGCUGGUGGUGGAGCAAUCAGUUGGGCUGUAUUCAGGAGAGAGUUUCUGAGGAGGUAUUUUCCUGAAGAUGUUCGGGGAAGAAAGGAGAUUGAGUUCCUGGAGCUGAAACACGGUAACAUGUAUGUCCCUGAGUAUGCUUCCAAGUUUGUGGAGCUCGCUAAGUACUAUACUCAUUACAACAAUGAUGAGGCUAGUGAAUUCUCUAAGUGUAUCAAAUUUGAAAAUGGCCUCUGUGAUGAGAUUAAGAAGAUAUCAAGUACUAGAGGAUUCACAGGUUUGGUGAUUUGGUUGAUUGUAGUAGGAUCUUCGAGGAAGAUAACAUCAAGAUAA